AUGGGCCUGCGCCAGUCUCAGCAAGGGCAGGAAGCGGAGGAAGAAGACGAAGGCUCCAGUGCCGUCGCCACCGGUGUGAACCGUGGUCUGAGGAACAACAGUCACAACAGCGGCAGUCCCCACAAGCAGCGAGCCGUGAUGCAGCCGAAGUUGGACGCCAGCAAGACAUCCCGGAUGUCCCUACCAGAGGUGGACAUGGACGACGCUGUGAAGAUCUGGUGCAGCCAGAGCCAGCCCAGCCAGCAGCAGUGCACGGGCCCCAGCGCUUGGAUGGUGGCCGACCAGGAACACUCGUCGCCGGCGUCUAGCGUGUACGACGACGACCAAGAACUGAGCAGUGAGACGACGAGCGACUCGUCGUCGGAGACCACGUCCACCACAACCAUUUCGUCUGGCAUGCUUCGGCAGUGGAGGUGCAUCCGCAAGCGCUACGCCGACAACCCCGAUGUCCUCGGGGAGAUUCUGGUCUACAGGGUGCUGACGUACAUGGGCCACCCGCACUGGCGCAAAAGCGUGCGGCCGCAGGGCACCAGCCCCAGCCUGACGACGGUGCUGCAGGCCACCAUGGCGCUACGACUGGAGGAACUGCGCCAGAAGCGGCUCCAGAUGGACGCCGCCUGGCAGAUGCUCAAGGUCAACUCACCCCUCAGCCGCUUCGUGCUCGAGUCCAAGCGCCAGGCCGUGGCCGAGCUCGAGAAAGAGCUGCUUUCCAUUCGCGUGGAUAAUGUGAAGGUUCGAUGA